AUGUUAGAUGAAAAGAUUACCAAAACUAGAAGUGAAUUAGAAUUGAUCGAACUUCACGAAGCAAAUAAAAUCGACAAGAUAAAAAGGCUUGAAAGCAAAUUACAAAAACUUAUUCAAACGAGAUUGAGCUUAAAAGAUGAUGAUAGUAAAGGGCCAGUCAAAAUGGACACAAAUGAAACUGACGACUCAAAAAAGAAGUCAAAGAAACUAUCAACUCUAUUAGAUGAAUCAGCAAAAUUAACCAAAGAAAAAACCGAAAAACAACAACAAAUUACUAAAAAAACUAGCAAAAAAAACGAAUUAAAGCACUUAAUACUUCAUCAAAAAGGA